GCAUCACUACGCAGCCACCUUCAUCUCCAUCCAUAAACAUUGACUCAACAAGCCAGUCACCUCUUUCUCCAAAAAAAAAAAAAAAAAACCAAGCCAGUCACCUUAUGGAUUGCAGGGUCUUAAAACUUGUGAUUCAGUCAGCGCAUGGAUUGAAAGACGUCAAUCAUGUGACAACAAUGAAGCCUUACGCGAUUGUUUCCAUUCGCGACAACCAAAAUAACCUCCAUUCCUCAGAGGAAAAAACACCGGAGGACACAGGAGGUGGUUCAAACCCCACAUGGAACUCCGAAGUUACGUUCAAAAACCUCGACAUCACCAAGGCCAAGGAGAGCAACCAUGAACUUGUUGUUAAGCUCAUGUCACUCCGGACGGACCACUGGUUUAGGGACAAAGAAAUCGGUGAAGUCCGUGUGUCCAUCACAAAAUUGCUGGAAGGUUUUGGUGGUAAAGCUAAAGCUGAUGCAGUAGUUGCUGAAAAACAGAUGAGUGCCAGUGUUAUGACCACAGAUGAAAAGCCCCAAGGAACACUAGUCUUUUCUUACAAGUUUGAGAGCGUGAGUACUGGACAGAAACCAGCAAGGCAGAAGAAUUCUCCAACUGCGCAGCAAAAUGUGCCGCAGAAACCUGAACAACCUGCUGGAUUGGGGAAUCCAUUGAUCUCCAAAACGGUGAAAGGGAUUGUGGGAACUGCGUCGAACAAUACCGGAUUGAGAAGUGCGGUUGCCUCUAAUGCUACUGCAGCCCGGCCUCCGCCUGCUAUUCAAACCCGUGAUGCUGCUGCUGCUGCUAAUCAGCGUGGUACUGCUAAUGACCCGUCUGAGGGUAAUAAUGAAGGGAUUGCGGGAACUGCGUCGAACACUACUGGAUUGACAAGCGCCUCUGAUGUUGCUGGAGCCCCGCCUUCGCCUGCUAUUCAAAACCAUGUUGCUGUUGCUGAUGAUCAGCGUGGUACUGCUGAUGACCCGUCUGAGGAUAAUAAUGAAGGGAACACUACCGGAUUGACAAGUGCAGCCCCACCUUCGCCUGCUAUUCAAACCCGUGUUGCUGCUGCUGUUGAUCAGGGUGGUACUGCUGAUGACCCGUCUGAGGAUAAUAAUGAAGGGAACACUACCGGAUUGACAAGCGCCUCUGAUGCUGCUGCAGCCCCACCUUCGCCUGCUAGUCAAAACCAUGCUACUGCUGCUGUUGAUCAUCGUGGUGCUGAUGAGAAUAAUAAUGAUGAAGGUGAAGAUGAAGAUGAUGGUUAUGAAGAAGAUGAAGGUUUUGAAGAUGAAGAUGAAGAAUGAAGCUAGAUAUGGUCAUGGAAGUAUUAUAUAAGGAUCUCAAGGGUGGUUAUAUUAUAUCUAGGUAUGCAUAAUACAUAUAGUAAUUAAUAAUGCAAGUCCACCUCAAAUUAGCUAUAUGUACUGGUUUUGCUGUUUCUGUGUGAAUCUUUAUGCAGUCUUUCUUAGAUUGUCAAGCUGAGACUGUGAAUUAUCUUAAUGUUCUAUUUCUACUAUUUGUAUCAGUACUGUUUCUAUUUUGGGAAUGAUAAUUAGUAGUUGUUGUGCUCA